AUGCCCAGUUCUUUUUUUCUGCCGAAUUUGGAAAAUCCCGAUUAUCCAUCGUUAGGUCCGACUCUAAAGGGUCUAAAAUAUUGGGGUAUGUGGCAAUCGGGCGGGAUUAAACGGAUUUUGUACAAUUCAAUUCACGCAUUCGCUACGUUUUUCGUGAUCACCCAAUACGUGGAGCUUUGGAUUAUCCGGAAUAACGUCGAGCUAGCAUUGAGGAACCUCUCUGUCACGAUGCUUAGUACCGUUUGCGUCGUAAAAGCCGGUACUUUUGUCUGCUGGCAAAAAUAUUGGAGCGGCAUUAUCGGAUUCGUCUCCAAUUUAGAAAAGGAGCAACUGUCGAAAAAUGAUGCCGCCACGCAGGCCGCUAUCGUCAAGUACAUCAAAUAUUCACGCCGGGUCACCUAUUUUUAUUGGAGUUUGGUCACAGCCACUGUUUUUACAGUGAUUUUAGCGCCACUGGUUGGUUUUUUGUCAUCACCAGAACGUGAAUUGAUAGCGAACGGUACUUUACCAUAUCCUGAAAUAAUGAGCUCAUGGGUACCGUUCGAUAGAUCGAGAGGCUUCGGUUAUUGGGUAACGGCUUUAGUGCACACUUUGAUCUGUUUCUACGGAGGCGGUGUGGUUGCGAACUACGACUCUAACGCGGUUGUUUUAAUGUCGUUUUUCGCUGGACAAAUGAAGCUUUUAUCUAUAAACUGUUCGAGAUUGUUCGAUGAUGGUAACGAGGUCAUUAGUAACAAUGAAGCCAUGAAGAGAAUUAAGGAAUGCCAUUAUCACCACGUGUUUUCCACCAUUUUUAACUCACUGAUGUCACCAGUCUUGUUUUUAUACGUUAUAAUAUGUUCGCUCAUGCUUUGUGCGAGUGCUGUGCAAUUGACGACGGACGGAACUUCAAACAUGCAGCGUAUUUGGAUUUCUGAAUACCUUAUGGCUUUAAUAGCGCAGCUUUUCCUGUACUGUUGGCACAGCAACCAGGUUCUAUAUAUGGCCCUAGAGGACCGGCUCGGGGGGCUUUUUGAAGCGUGCCUCGAGUCGGGACGGUUCCCGUCGAAAUGGAAGACGGGCAGACUGGUCCUUCUGAGGAAGGACGGGCGCCCCGCGGACUCUCCCGCGGGCUAUCGCCCCAUCGUGUUGCUGGACGAAGCGGGCAAAAUGCUCGAGAGAAUCGUCGCGGCCCGCAUCGUCCGGCACCUGACCGAGACGGCUCCCGAUCUUUCGGCGGAGUAA